AUGGCCAAGCUCCAAGGAGCUCUAGCACCCGUGCAGCACAUCAAGUUUGGAGGCAGCACUGGCUACCUUGCGAAACCUGCUGGAUGUGGCGUUGCGGCUUUUAAAAGGGACCUACAGUAUCUCUCGAAAGAGGUCAAAGAGGUGAUGGUCCAAGGAUCUUGCGAGGCACCGAGCAAGAUCUACGAAAGGGGACAUGAUUAUGUGAAGACACAAAAACUGGGAUUAGAUCCAUAG